UCCCAAACGAUACAAAGUAUACACAUUUGAUGGAAUGGUGAGCAAACAUGGCAGAAAACCUAACCAGCUCGACGUCACGGGUAGUAGCGAGCAGUCCAAGGCGCACAAACCGCGCCAGAAACACGGCCCUGGGUCUGACGGGUCAUCUACAAGCUCAGAGAAGAUGUCUUGGGUGACAUAUGGCAGUCCGUUGUGGCACAAGGAUAAGGUACCCACCUCAAUCAAACCUCUCCCGGCCAUCGAUGUCCAGAAAAAGCUUGAAAAAGGAUUUGUUAAUGACGCCGUCAGCACGUUCAUGUUCCACACUUCCAGGAAACGACCGAUCAUCCCGCCGUACAAUGCAGAACAAGAUAAGUACGCCCAGGCGUACUUCCAGUCUCCCAUCGCAAAAGCCGUCUUGGAACGAUCCAUGGAACGAGUGCUGGUUGUCAAGGUAACGUGUUCCGCCUUCAUCUAA